ACUUACGUGUCGAGGACAAGAGCACACGUGGAACAAUCAGGAGCAGAAACAUCAAGGACAACAUGAUUCUUUGAGGAACUUUUUCCUCCCUCUCGGUGUUUUGCGAGUUUCCGGGAGGUGCAGUGCAGACAGCAGGGUGAAGUUACAGCGGCUCCUCUCUGAUCAAAUGUCGGCUCUUCACUGGAAGUCUGGAGAGGACAGGUUACAGAUGCUCCGGCUAGACGGAAAGAUGUGCGGCUUCUCCGCCCUGCUCUCGGUGCUUUUCGCCGGGAUUGCUGCGGCGUCUUCUGAUCUGUUUGACAACCAACUGGGCGACAUCAAUUACUGCAAAAAGCAAUGCCAGCUCACCAUCAAAAACAAAAGCCCUGCUAAAGACUCCAUAAUGAACGCCUGUCACCGCGGUUGUCGCCUCUACUCCAUCUGCCAGUUUGUCAAUGGUAACGCCGGCUUCAACACCAGCAGGGAGGAGUGUCAGGGAGCCUGCCAGGAAGCGUAUGUUAAGCAGCUGGAGCAGGAAGCUUGCUGCACCGGCUGUGCCAGCCAACCCUCUGAACCUGAGCUGAAGAGGAGGAAGCUCAGGGCCAUGACUCUCCGCCCUAAGUCACCCUCUGUGAUGGAGGCCGUGUCAGGUUGGUGCAACGACAUCGUCAGCUCCGCCCAGAGCUUCAUCUCCUCCACCUGGACUUUCUACCUGCAGGCUGAUGACGGCAAGGUUGUGGUUUUCCAGAGCCAGCCAGAUAUGGAAUACUCUCUGCCCGAGCUGCAGGCUCCUCGAUCCAACGUGGCAGACAAACCCUGGCCUCAGGUCCACUCCCACACCCAGAGACCCCACGGUGUGAGGGGACAUGGGGAGAGGGGAGCAUCUAAAGCAGGAGGCAAAGUGAAGCACCCCGUGCAGCACACAGACGACCCCACAGCUGAGCACGACUUCCUCGGCUGCAUGUCAAGACGUUCAGGCCUUCCACGGUGGAUUUUGGCGGCCUGUCUCUUCCUGUCCAUCAUGGUCAUGCUGUGGCUCAGCUGUGCCAGCCUCGUCACCGCACCGGAGCAGCACAUCAAGACGCAGCUGAGUAUCAACGGAGAUAAAGAGUUUCUGGAUAAUGCCCAGAAAGUCAACCCGUACCACCUGAGUCCCAUGAUCGCUGUCACCUUGAAACAAUCGGAGGAGAGUCAGGAGGCGGGGCCGCUGCCGGUGAAAGUCGACCUCAACAAAACCUGCGUUUAGAGAAGGACCAAUGGGAGAGCUGCUGUCUUGUUUCUGAGGGUAACCAUGUAUAAAAUCAGUCGUCCGUUGGUGCAAAAGUGUGAAACAAACACGUCACGGGACUCUUAAAAGUCACCAGAGUUUUUAAAAACAUAUUUGUAAGAGCAUGGCACCCUUCCGUCGUAUAAAAUCAUGAUACUGAAACAUCCUGCUCAGUCUUGUUGGUCUGAUAACAUUUUUACUUUUCUUGUACAGCCCAGAUUAUUCUCAAUGAUCAGCCUGCUCAUUGCUUAUUCAUACAUCAGAGCUCUUGUCUCAGAACAGUGAGGAAUUAUAACAGUUUUCAAAUAAUUGUUCAUGUUUACAGUGGACAAGAGAAGACAAACACUGAGGUUUAAUUUAGAGUUCAUUUUGCCUCAUUCUCGCAGAGAGUUUGGAUUAGGUGAUGAGUUUUCAUCGAAAUAGAAACUGAGAAAGAGAAAGGAAGAUUGAUAAAGCUCUGACCAAGUUCAGAGAAACAAAGGCAUACCUACUACAAAAACUAUCUUUUGUUAAUCUAUCCAAACACUAACACACAGAAGAAUGUGUCUGGGUGUGUGUUUACAUUUACAGCACACAUACGAAGGAUUUAAACCGGAUUGAAAACUGGAUGCUCCGUUUGAGAAUGAGCAAAAUAAACACUUUAUUUAUUUUCUACUCUAUUUAUUCAGAAUCAUCAACCUGAGUUUUCUGUUAAAAGUGUUUUUGAAGUGCCAUGUACAGCUCAUUAUUCAUAGAAAUGUAUCUGACAUGUAUGUAAAAUACCUAGCUGGAGGAGGGGGAUUGCACCCAUUACUGUAUUAUUAUUACUACCCUCCUCAUAUUAUCGCUCUUAUAUCACUUGAAGAGUUCUUAGCUGUUAUAUGUGCUUUCUAAUAGCUGACUAUUUUGUAUGUCCUAGGAGCACACACUGAAGGAUAACCUCUGUAACAAUGUGUACUGCAAAGCUUUUAACAUAGACCGUUGUUAUUGAACAGAGUCGCACAGUCUUAGAGAAGAGUUUCCCUCUCAGUGCUUUUGAUGUCCUGUAACGCUUUCUUUUCAUCCAAGCUAUGGAGACAAUAAACCGUGCAUGCAAGUGACGCUUCGAUAGUUUAGCUUAACCGCCCGCCAUGCCAGUGUGGCACGACUCUACUGUAGAUUUGUGAUUUUAUUGUGUUACUAUUUACUGUAAACAUUGAUUAGAAUGUGUAAUUAUGAAUGACAAUAUCAAGAUUUACAGGAAGGACUAUUAAAUAAAAAGCCAUUUACUCGAUUUCUGUGCUGGUUCAAACUGAGGUAGGAUAUAUAUCACGAGGAGUAUGAUAUGAAUCUCAAACUGUAUUGUUUGCUUUUUACUGGUCUGUUUAUUUUCAAUGAAAUGAAACCUACAACUUGAUGAAAUAAAGUGUUUUCAUUGUAAAUAAA